UUUUGGAAUCCUCGCUGCCUUCAAAGCGUUUGUUAAAACGCCCCAAUCAGUUUUGGAAUCCUCGCUGCCUUCAAAGUGUUUGUUAAAAUGCCCCAAUCAGUUUCCUGGCUUCCCAGUUCUUCAAUUCCUCUAUUGAAUUUCCCAUUCGCUAAAAUGUCGGCGCCUGCCCUUUCCGCCUUCCCAUGAAAAUUUGCAGAUCGAGAUGCAGAAGGUGGAUAUAAAUUUGGGGUUUCCAUUGUUGACGUUUCCUCUUUGGGAGAUAUUAAAACAAAAGCAACCCAACAACUCUUCUUUCCCUUUUAAGAAGCUCUUCCGUCGCCUGCCUUCCCUCUCCACCUGAGCUUUCCGCUUGCUCAUGGAAAUCUCAGCUGAUGAUCGCCUUGAUUUUGGGAAGAUGGGCUAUGGAUGCAAGCAUUACCGCAGGAGAUGUAAGAUUAGAGCCCCCUGCUGCAACGAGAUCUACCCCUGUCGCCAUUGUCAUAACGAAGCUACGAGUGUGAUGAGACCCUUUGAACGUCAUGAACUAGAUCGAUUCGACGUUAAACAAGUCGUCUGUGCGGUUUGUGACACGGAGCAGCCAGUUGCUCGAGUUUGUACGAAUUGUGGUGUCAAUAUGGGGGAGUACUUCUGUGAAAUAUGCAAAUUCUACGACGAUGAUAUUGAUAAGGGGCAGUUCCAUUGUGACGAUUGCGGGAUUUGUAGGGUUGGCGGACGAGAGAACUAUUUUCAUUGCAAGAAGUGUGGGUCGUGUUACUCGGUUGGUUUGCGUGACAAUCAUUCAUGUAUCGAGAACUCUAUGCAGCACCACUGUCCAAUAUGCUAUGAGUACCUCUUCGACUCGCUGAAAGAUGUUGCUGUUAUGAAAUGUGGACACACAAUGCAUCGGGAAUGUUACUUUGAGAUGAUAAAGCGCGAUAAAUAUUGUUGUCCGAUAUGCUCCAAGUCGGUUGUCGACAUGUCAAAAACGUGGAAACGAUUAGACGAGGAGAUUGAAGCAACAGUCAUGCCGGAGGAAUAUCGUAACAAAAAGGUAUGGAUUUUGUGUAAUGAUUGCAACGACACGACCGAAGUGUACUUCCACAUAAUCGGGCAGAAAUGCUGUCACUGCCAAUCAUACAACACCCGCGCCAUUGCUCCACCGGUUCUCCCACAGUGAUCGUGGAUCACACGUCUCGAAAAGAGGCAGGAUCUCAGAGGAGAUGUGCUAUGGGGGGUUUGGUUGGGCUUGUGUAUUAGUUAUAUGAUCUUCAUUUCAUUAAUAUGUGGAUUCCAGAGGUAGAUGGGAAUUCAGCUGUGGAAUCUUUGGGGAAACUGUUACUUCAGGUUAUUCUUCCUCAAUUGGUGGAGUCUUAAAGAAGACCCAGGUAAGAAAAAAUGCAUGGGUGAGUGAAUUUGUAUGCAUAUAUUUUACAUAUAAAAUUACACCAACUUAAAGUGAAUACCUUUAUUUAUUCUUCCUGGUUAUAGAGAUAUAUUGAAAUUCAGACACAGUUGGUUCCUUC